AUGAAAGAGAAAGAAUUUGUGCAAGAAUUUUUGUCUCAUGUGUCUGGAAUUGUUAAUCAAAUGAAGUUUUAUGGAGAAAAUAUUAGUAAUAAGACUGUUGUUAACAAGGUUUUGAGGAGUUUAACCUCAAAAUUUGAACAUAUUGUUACUGUAAUUGAAAAAUCUAAGGACUUGACAACUUAUACUUUUGAUGAAUUAAUGGGUUCUUUGUUAGCCCAUGAGGGUAGGCUUAACAGGUCCCGUGAAAAGGUUGAGGAGAAGGCUUUUCAAGCGAAGGGAGAGUCUCCGUACAAGGGAAAGUUAGAAAAUUCAGGAGAUCGCGGACAAAGUAGGGGUGGCUUUCGUGGUCGAGGCCAUGGCGGAGAGGUAGAGGAAGAGGCCAAUCCGGUGAUCAAUGCCAGCAUAAAAGUAACAUUCAAUGUCAUUACUGCAAGAAGUUUGGCCACAAAGAAGCUGAUUGUUGGGCCAGGCAGAAGAAUGAGCAAAAACAAGCCAAUUUUAUUGAGAAAGCUGAAUAAGAAAUCGUCAUUUAGAGAACUUGACGAGUCACAGAGAAGUGAAGUUCGUCUCGGUGACGACAACCAGAUGCAAGUUGAAGGGAAAUGUACAAUUGCCAUAAAAACCUCACAGGGUAAUGUAAAACUUCUCCAUGAUGUGCAAUAUGCCCCUAAUCUAGCUCAUAAUUUGUUGAGUGUUGGGCAAUUGAUGGAUGGUGGAUACUCUAUUUUGUUCGAUGAUAAUUCUUGCUUCGUCAAAGAUAAGAAAUCAGGUUAG